AUGGAUCCAAAUUCAAAAUUCGAUUGAGAGAAGCGAACAUAAGAAGCUGUUUAGUUCUUCUUUUCACUUUUUCCGUCGUUACCCUUGGGAGAACAGACAAAUGACGGCGGUCCCGCCGGUGGCCUCGGGGCAGCCAAUAUCGGCGUCUGUGGUGAAUUCGUUUCGAGUGGCGGCCGUAGCUGAGCGCUUGGCUACUCAUACUCAGCCUGGUAGACAGCCUCAAAGCUCGGAGUUCUUCAGCCUGUGCCUCUCUCUCGCCAGAGGCAUUGAUUAUGCAAUUGCCAACAAUGAGGUUCCUGCUAAAGCGCAAGAAUUACCUCUAUUGUUGAAGCAGAUAUGUCAACACAGAAAUGACCUCUUCUUACAAGCAGCUAUUAUGGUGUUGAUGAUAUCAGUAAAGAAUGCCUGUAAAAUGAGCUGGUUCUCGGAUGGAGAGAGUCGAGAACUUUUAACUCUUGCCAAUGAGGUGGGCAGUUGCUUUUGCAUCCCAGGCGUUAUUAACAAUGAACUGGAUGGUUCACUUUCAACUAUUUUGGAAGUUAUGUCAAGGUUCUAUCCAUUAAUGAAGAUGGGGCAGAUACUUGCUUCUCUUGAAGCUAAGCCUGGAUACGGGGCGCUCGUGGUUGAUUUCCAUAUAUCAAAGAAUAUGACACACUCUCCUCAGGAGAAAAUUAGGUUAUUUGUAGCUCAAAAAGAUAACGUAGAGACAUCUGCUUGCAUUAUAAGUCCACAACUAGUGAGCUUUCUGUUAAAUGGAAAGGGAGUGGAGAGAAGAACAAAUGUUUUAAUGGAUAUGGGACCUCAGAUGCCAACAAAUGUGACUGCAAUGUUGAAAUAUGGGACUAAUCUUCUCCAAGCUGUGGGCCAGUUUAGCGGUCAUUAUCUCAUUGUUGUUGCCUUCAUGGGUAUGGAGGAGUCAUCACCUGACGCUUCCACACUGCCAGAUUAUGUUCAGUCUGGUGAUUUUGCACCAGAUUCAGAAGAUUCUGAUUUAAUUGAAGGGCCAUCACGGAUCUCACUCAAGUGUCCCAUAAGCCGAACACGCAUCAAAACUCCUGUCAAAGGGCAUGCAUGUAAGCAUCUUCAGUGCUUUGAUUUCAAUAACUAUGUUAACAUAAACUCUAGAAGACCAUCCUGGCGCUGCCCACAUUGCAAUCAACAUGUAUGCUACACUAACAUCCGUGUUGAUCAAAAUAUGGUUAAGGUGCUGAAAGAGGUAGCAGAGGAUGUGUCUGAUGUGAUCAUCUCUGCAGAUGGAUCAUGGAAAGCCGUGAUGGAAAAUGAUGAUGACGUAGAUGAGUUGCAUGGUAAUACCCUUAAUUGCCAAAAAGAUGGGUCUGAGCGGCCAGAAUCUGCUACGGGCGUUCCCAUGGUUCUGGAUCUUACUCAGACUGUGGAUGCAAUGGAAACUAUCGAAACUGAAGACAGGAAGCCUCCUGUGGCUACUCUUCAAAGUCAUGGGUCUGGCACCUCUACUUCUAGGACAGAUACCCAAGUUGGUGGCACUGAGUCUACGCGAAAUUUUACAGUAUCACCAGUAUUUUCUGAUGCUGUCUCUCCAGCACCCAAUCGAGCUGAUGCUCAUGGUAAUGCUAAUCUUGCAACACCUGGGAUUCAAAAUCAAGUUGCUACUGCAAAUAAUUUGCCGUUACAUCCUUCACAAGUGACAAAUUCAAUGUCAAAUCAUGAAUAUGGAAGUUUGCAGAACAUACCUAGACAUGUAAGCAGAUCAUCAAUUGCAGUUCAGGCCCUCCCAGCAAUGUCUCAGACUCAGACACCAACACAACAGAGAUCAAGUAAUAGUGUGAAUACUAAGAACACAACCAGCUCUGCGCGUAUUCCACAUCAGAUGCAGAGUAGGAUUCAGCAAGAACGAUCAUUUGUUCCUGCCCGGCCAGUUCAACAAGUUGGUGCUGCAGCUCCAAGUCAACUCCCUGGUCCAUACAGACCUCCUGGGUUUCGGGCUGAAUACCAGAACCCACACCUGCAGCAAGCACUGAACACGAGGUUGUCCCAACCCAGGAGCCCAUCUCCAGGCCUGAUUCGGUCACCAUCUCCUAUACUACGGGCACAGGCUCAACAAGGAGCUGCACAAGUUGGGGUAGGCUACACAGCAGGCAAUGUGAAUAGCAAUCCUACCAGAUUUAUGGCUGCUUCCCAGAGAACCACCCAAAUGGCUAGACAGCCACCGAUGGUGGCAGUUCAAACUCAAACACCAAGAGCAGCAUCUUCUUAUCCUGGAAAUGUUGAUGGGAGUAGGGCUUCAGCCGUGGAGCAGAGAUUGAACAUGGGUGGAGUAGCACCUGCAGCUUCAAGACCUGAUACGUCAGCUGAUUUGGCAUCUGAGCAGAACUGGCGACCUACAGGACGAAUGCGUGGAAGCCUCACAGGUCGAGUAUAUUCUGAAUCUCUUAGCCAGAUGAUGAUUCAACCCACCCAGUCAACACAAGCUGCGAGGCCACAAACAAAUAUAACAUCUCCACCUAGUGUUCCACCACAUCUGCAGGCGUUUCUUGCAAAUAGCAGGAAUCCUGUUACCCCUCAAAUGCGAAACAAUGCAACAACUGAAACCACAGCCACAAAUGGUGGUUCGGGCCUGCCAGAUAGGUCUAGUGGGAUGCAUUAGUCUUGACUUAGCUGUAUGUAGGAGUAAUGAAUAUGAUGAAGCUGUAAAUACAAAUAUUUAUGUCCAAUUUUGUGCAUCACUGAUAUUGUUGUACAGUUCCUCCCUGGGCUUAGAGUGAGAGUUCAGCUUCCCCUGUAUUUGGUUUUAAUCAAGUCUAGAUUUUUAAGCUUUA